AUGGACGCCUUCAAGAAUUUCAAAGCAGAUUUUGACCUAGAUUCUCAACAGAAAACUGGGGCUUUAUCAGAAGAAGUUAGGAAUCGAAAAAUAACUCAGACCCAAAACUCCAUAAAACCUCUGCCCCCACAUGAGCCAUUAUACUCUUACUCAUCAUUAAUCAAUGCUUCAACAACACUCUCCGUAAAGAAACCUCGACACAACCAUCUCAACUCAACUUCAUUCUCUUUCCAAGUCUCCACAUUCCCCAGAAACACAAAGACAGACACACUUUUAAUCAGUGUGAUCAGUCUCAAAAAGGGUACAAUAAGAAGAACAAUGAGGAGUAAUAAGAAGAAAGGCAACAACAACUUUAAGCUACUGAGUUUGUUUCUCUUCCUGGGUACAUGCGUCGGAGACUACGGCAUUGGAGUAGGAAUCGGCGAAGGCGGGGUUUUUGUCGGCGGCAACGGUGGCGGAAACGCUAAUUCCGCUCCAAAGCAACAGACAAACCCAGCUUACAGUGCACUUCAAUCCUGGAAAACCGCCAUUACAGAGGACCCAUCCGGCGUUCUCAAGACAUGGGUCGGCGAAGACGUCUGUUCUUACAAAGGAAUCUUCUGCUCGGGCUCAUCAGUAACCGCCAUAGAUCUAAACAAAGCCAACCUCAAAGGCGUCAUCGUCAAAGACCUCUCACUUCUCUCCGAUUUAACCAUCCUCCAUCUCAACACCAACAGAUUCUCCGGUCAGAUCCCAGAUUCCCUCAGAGCCUUAUCUUCUCUCCAAGAACUCGAUCUCAGCAACAACGGAUUCUCAGGCCCUUUCCCUCAAGUCACGCUCUACAUCCCUAACCUCGUCUACUUAGAUCUCCGGUUCAACGCCUUCACCGGUUCGAUCCCGGUUAGUCUAUUCAACAAACAAUUAGACGCGAUUCUUCUCAACAACAACGGAUUCACCGGAGAAAUCCCCGGAAACCUCGGAUCCUCGUCUGCUUCGCUGAUUAAUUUAGCGAACAACAAGUUAUCCGGCGAGAUUCCGACGAGUUUCGGCAUUUCCGGUUCGAAAUUAAAAGAGGUUCUGUUCUUGAAUAACCAGCUAACCGGUUGUAUACCGGAAUCGAUCGGUUUGUUUUCCGACAUCGAGGUCCUCGACGUUAGUUUCAACUCCUUGAUGGGCCACGUCCCCGACACGAUCUCUUGCCUGUCGGAGAUCGAGGUUCUGAACCUCGGGCACAACAAAUUCUCCGGCGAUCUUCCCGAUUUGCUCUGCUCUUUGAGGAACCUGAUGAAUCUCACCGUCGCUUUCAACUUCUUCUCCGGGUUCAGCUCGGAGUGUUCGAGGAUCAGCUUCGGGUUUGACUUCGCCGGGAACUGUAUCCCCGGCAAGGGUUAUCAGCGGCCGCAGCCUGACUGCUCGGUGAUCCCCGGCGGCUCGUUGAGUUGCCUCAGGAUUCCUGCGCAGCCGCUGACGUGUGCCGCGAUCCUGGGGCUGAGAGCGACUUCGUUGACUCCAUGAAAAUAUAUAAAGUUUGAAGCUUUUUGUUUCUCUUUGCUGUUGCAAGAUUUGUUAUGCUUUGUGACUUUUUAUUAUGAUAGAAAAUGCCAAAAAAUGGGGUUUAUCAGUUAAUUAUUAAUCAUGUGAUUUAGUAUUUUCUAUGAUUGAUUACUUACUAGAAGUUUAUAUCUGAUUCUCUAUUUUGUUGUC